GAGAGAGAGAGAGAGAGAGAGAGGUAUUUCAGAAGGCUCAGAGUGCCACCCUGCUUCGUUGAUUUUGAAGAGAGAGAGUGAGAGAGUUGUACAAGAGAGCGAAGUUUUGAACAUUGUCAACAUCUAUGUAGCUUGUACUGCAUUUGGAUAUGGAUAUCAGUACUGCCUCACCCGUGAAGUUUUCACGGGAGAAACCCAGCUGGGUUUUCCAUUCUUUCCCGUGUUCUCUUUCCUUCCGUCGAUUCAACUGUUCCUUCUGAUUCGCUUUUGGAUGUGGAGCCUUUAUAAAUUCAACCAACUCAGAAACCAGGAUUUGUUCAAUUAAAUGAUCAUCUGGGUACCUUUUAAUACCGAUCGCCCAUCCAUGCAAGCUCCAUCUCUACUUCUUUCUCAAUGCUUAUUAGAGGAUUCCAAUUGGGUGAGGACUUGCAGGUUUUUUUCCUUCAAGAGGUUUGAGAUUUUCCAAAAUUGGUGAGGAAGAGGAGCAAAUCAGAACAGAAAGAUAAGUACAUGGGUAAUCAAAUAGCUGGUUUUGGUUAUUCAGACACCUGUUACCAAUCUGAUAAAUUGUCCCAGAGACAUGGAAGCAUCUCAUUUUUCGGCAUCACUGGUUUGUUAGUAUGGUUUAGUAGUAAGGUCCCAUCGGAUUUGGACUCAGUUAGAAGCCCUACUUCCCUGCAUUUUACCUUUUUAUCAAACCUCAGCAAUCCUUUUAUUAGUUUUAGGUCACAAAGAUCACCAUCCCAAAGCUCUAGUAAGAGAUGGAAUUGCAGUAAGGUUGGCCUUAGCAUCAUAGAUUCACUUACCGAUGAAACCGAGCCACUCAUUGAAGCUCUUGAUAUGUCUGAGAGUAAAACUACACUCAUCAGACCUCAAUAUAAGAUUAGCAUCCACAAUUCCUCGAGCCAUUUCUAUGAGUCAUUAGAUUCGUCUGCCAAAACCAAUUUGCUACCUAAGAACACCAAGAUUUCAUCACAUUCCCAGCCCAAUUCUCCCAAAUCUCAGUUGGAUAGCUCUGAUGUUGUGUUUAAAAUUGGGGAAAUGCAAUUAAAAUAUGAACCGCUGUUGGAUUUCUGCAACCAUUCAUCCCCACCAACCAUAUUUUUCCAGAACCCCAAUUGGAGUCCCAAAAAUUUUUGUUCAGAUAAUAGUACGAGUACUACCACGAUGAAUCUGCAUGAUCAGCUAUUUGAUGGAGACUUAGACUGUUCUUUGAGUACCAAACAGAGUUCAGUCCUUACACACACUGGCUCUGGCCAUAGUUUUGUGGGUUCCUUCUCCAAAAGUGAAAUGCAGCUUUCUGAGGAUUAUACUUGUAUAAUUUCCCAUGGUCCAAAUCCUAAAACAACCCAUAUUUUUGGUGACUAUAUUUUAAAUUAUCCCACAGAUGAGGUAACCAAUUUUGACGAGAAGAAAGGAUAUGAGAAUAAAUUGCCUCAGGCAGCAAAACUCACUUAUGGUUCAACACCUGAUCCCUCUGACAACGUUUUGAGCUUCUGUUACUCAUGCAAGAAGAAAAUGGAAGAGAGGAAAGACAUUUACAUGCACAGUGGCAACAAAGCAUUUUGCAGCUCUAAAUGCUGCUCUGAGGAGACCUUUGUUGAUGAAGGAAAGGAGAAAUCUGCAAAUGAUUCCUCUGCAAGCUCACCUAAAUCAAGCUGCCACGAGGAUAUUGUCUUUAUGGGAAUGCCUGCUGUUACAUACGCAGGCCGAAAAGUGAAUUCCCCAGGCUCCUGUGCCCGUGAUUGAUGAAAUCAUCCCAAGGUUGAAUGCCAGAUGCUCGGAUAACCUGUUCAUGACGAGUUGUUCAUUUGGUUUUUUACCAGCCAGGGAUGAUCACAACAAGCUUUCUCAUUUGCUAAAUUGUGUAUCAACUUUCAUGGUAUUGGUGGGUCAUGCAUAGCAACGAGCAAUAGCAUAGAGUUCUUUUACAGUUUAGACUUGCAAAUAGUCUUGAACUGUCAUCUUAUAGUUUAGUUACUGAGUAAUAGUGGUUGCAACAGCCCCUAGCAUCAUUUUUCCUUCUCCCCCUUCACCAUUUUACUCUUGGCAAGCUUUUGUAGCAACCUGUGACUGCGAUAAGCUAAAUUUUGAGUAUAUCAUAUGGUUUUUCUA